AUGAAGAUAUAUAUUAAAACAUAUAUUGGAACCGAACGAAUUUUCCAAUUUGACGUCGAGCCUUCUACCACAAUUAAGCAGCUAAAACAGCUGAUUUGUAAAAAAGUUAAUAUUAAUGAGAUAGAUUCACAAAAAGUGUAUUUCACUUGUGACGGUGAUACACUCAACAUCGAUGAGGAAACACUGACAUCUUAUGGUGUAGAAGAACAAUCUCGACUAGAACUCGCUGAAUCCAGUGAGGAUAGCUUUCGUGAUCCAGGUGUCCUAGGUGGUUUCGGAACGAAAUUUAUCGAUGUCAGCAAUACUAAAGGAUUAAAACGAUGUGAAUGGGCUAAAAAAGCUUCAGCAUGGCGAGUAGUACGGGGCGGUUUGGUUUUUGAGGGUAAAUGUACAAAUUCGGAAUGCCUGGCAAACAACAAUAUGGUUGCUAUAUCAAUGGGUUACCGAAAGUUCGAUGUUGUAUGCGACAUUGAUAUUGCUAAAACUGUAUGCCCGAUAUGCAAACAAUAUGUUCAGCCAACAACCUGUGGUUUCAACAAUUGUUGGUGGAGAUUCGAGGGUAUAAAACGAGACGGGGAGGGAAAACCACCACAACUUUGCAAAAGCGCGUGGAAACAAGCUGAUAAUGCAUAUCAUUAUUUUGAUCAAGAAAUAAGUGGAAUGGUUACAUGGCUGCGACUCACACUCGAAGUGGUCAAAAGUAUUCCUUCAUGA